CCCACCGUGUCUCGCAGGCGCACCAUGGUGCUGCGCGCGGAUCAGGUGAACCUCAUCGGUCAGGUGUUCGAGUCCUACGUGCUGGAGCACCACAGGGACGACAUCCUGGGCAUCCUGAGGGAGGCCGACGAUGAGGCGCACUACCCUGUGGUCGUUGACGCCUUGACGCUCUUUGAGACCAACAUGGAGAUCGGGGAGUAUUUCAACGCCUUCCCCAGCGAGGUACUCACGGUUUUUGACAGCGCGCUGCGCCGGGCGGCCCUGGCAGCGCUGCAGGAUGCUGCUGCCGGCUCUCCGCAGCUCAGCCUGAAGCAGAACCUCCACGCCAGGGUGUCCGGUUUGCCUGUUUGCCCAGAGCUGACUCGAGAGCACAUUCCUAAAGCCAGGGAUGUGGGUCACUUUUUGUCUGUUACUGGGACUGUCAUACGUACCAGUUUGGUGAAAGUUUUGGAGUUUGAACGGAGUUAUAUCUGCAAUAAGUGCAAGCAUGUGUUUGCUGUCAAGGCUGACUUUGAGCAGUACUACACAUUCUGUCGUCCAUCAGCCUGUCUGAAUGAAGAAGGCUGCAACUCAACCAAGUUCACCUGUCUCUCUGGAACAACCUCUUCUCCUGCUUGCUGCAGAGACUAUCAAGAAAUCAAAAUUCAGGAACAGGUUCAAAGACUGUCUGUUGGAAGCAUCCCUCGUUGCAUGGUGGUUGUUCUAGAAGAUGACCUAGUGGACAGUUGCAAGUCUGGAGAUGACAUCACAGUGUAUGGAGUGGUAAUGCAGAGGUGGAAACCUUUCCAUGAGGGUGCACGCUGUGACUUGGAGCUUGUUUUGAAAGCCAACUAUGUUAAAGUAAACAAUGAGCAGCUGGCAGGGGUUGUAAUAGAUGAAGAAGUCCGCAAGGAAUUUGAAGACUUCUGGGAAAGGCAUAGGAAUGAUCCCUUAGCAGGGAGAAAUGAAAUUUUGGCUAGCUUGUGUCCUCAAGUUUUUGGAUUGUACCUGGUGAAGUUGGCUGUAGCCAUGGUGCUUGCUGGUGGUGUGCAGAGGGCCGAUGCUACUGGAACUCGAAUCAGAGGUGAAUCGCAUCUUCUGUUGGUUGGAGACCCAGGUACAGGGAAAUCUCAGUUUCUCAAGUAUGCAGUAAAGAUCACACCACGCUCUGUGCUUACUGCAGGAAUUGGAUCUACAAGUGCAGGUCUGACAGUGACUGCUGUGAAGGACUUUGGGGAGUGGAACUUGGAAGCUGGAGCACUGGUACUUGCAGAUGGAGGCCUUUGUUGCAUUGAUGAGUUCAGUAGUAUCAAAGAACAUGACAGAACCAGUAUCCAUGAAGCAAUGGAGCAACAAACCAUCAGUGUUGCAAAGGCAGGCUUGGUCUGCAAGCUUAAUACAAGGACAACUAUCCUGGCAGCAACAAACCCAAAAGGCCAUUAUGACUCUAAUGAGACUGUCUCUGUCAACAUAGCUCUUGGCAGUCCCCUGUUGAGCAGAUUUGACCUGGUCUUAGUAUUGUUAGAUACAAAGAACGAGGAAUGGGACCGCAUCGUUUCGUCCUUCAUUUUGCAGAAUAAAGGUUGCCCAAGCAAAUCCGAAAAGCUCUGGAGCAUGGAAAAGAUGAAAACCUAUUUCUGCCUUAUCAAAAAUAUACAGCCAAAAUUGUCUGGUGAGAGCAACCUGAUCCUUGUACGCUACUAUCAAAUGCAGCGUCAGAGUGACUGCAGAAAUGCUGCCCGAACUACCAUUCGCUUACUAGAGAGUUUGAUCCGCCUUGCAGAAGCUCAUGCCCGGCUGAUGUUUAGGGAUACUGUGACUGUGGAAGAUGCUGUAACUGUGGUAUCAGUGAUGGAAUCUUCUAUGCAGGGUUGUGCACUUCUCGGAGGCAUCAAUGCCUUACACACCUCAUUCCCUGAAGAUCCAAUGGCUCAGUACCGUAUACAAUGCGAACUCAUAUUGGAGCGAUUGGAGUUGCAAGGUCUUCUGCACAAAGAGCUACAAAGACUUGACAGAUUACAAAAGGAAAAUCCAUGCCGGCUGCAGCCUGAACAGACAGGUUUCAAUACUAUUACAGGAUGCUUGAACAAGGAUACAUUUGGGCAGUCAAAGCAACUGCCUCAGUCAGAACCUUCAAAUCAACAAGAGAAUAACUCCAAGCCAAAGCCUUCUUUGCCCGAAGACAACUGUGAAGGGAGUAUACAUUUAGAACCCUUGUGCAGCCCAGCAUAUGGUAAUAAUAAGAAUGCAAACCACUUGAUCAAGAGAGGUAGUGAAGGCAGCUUGGCGUGGUUUGACAGUUUGGAAGAGAGCACCACUGAUGCUGAAGAAACUUUUCAGAAAAAGUCUUCAGUGCCCAAGAUAUCUCCAAGUAACAGGACUUCAAAAGCCCUGUGUAAAACAUCCUCUUCUGAAGAAAGAAGUGCUUCAGUACCAAAAAAGGAAAAUGGAAUGAAAGAGUCACUAGCAACUGUGAAUCUAUAUGCUCCUUUGGAGCAAGACAAAGUUUCCAAGUUAAGCAGAUCAAGGACUGAAGAACACAACUGUUCUUCUUCAGAAGCAAAUAUUGAAAACCCAGCAUCACCAACUGCUAGUGUGCAGGAUUCAGUUAUUACACAACGGGUUUCAAAACGCUGUCAGAGACUGCACACUGAGAAAUCACAUGGAUUCUUUACAAGUACAGAGGACCCUGAGGCAAAGGCCCUUCCUUCAGUAUUACAUGCAUCUGGCCUGUCAGAUCUUUCAAGUGAUGCAGAUUCUUUACCGGAGGAAAAGAACAGUGUAUGUGUAGCAGCAAAACCAGCAACAGUUUCCAUGAGAAAGCGAAGUAAAGGUCGAAUAGUGAAGGAAACAAAUGUAGCAGGUUCCCAUGAGCCAGAAAUCCUUGACAGUGAAAGUCCUCCAGCCGCUAAACUAGCUAAAUUUACUUUCAGAGCAAGGACAAAACUUAAUCAUUCUUCAGAGAAGAAAAAUGAAGACUUUUCUCUUUUUCAGAGUGAAACUAUUUUUAAGCCUGGAGAGCAGCUCCAGGGAGAGCAGCUGCUAGAGGAAUGCUGCCCCCCUGAGAAAUGCAAUAUGAGAUUGAGUCGCUUAGGAAAAGCUCGUGUGGAAAAACGAUCAAUUGAUAAUAAAGAGAGAGAAGAGCAACAGAAUCAGGCCUUAGGGAAAGAGAUCAGAGGAAAUGCAACAGUACACUCUCAUGUCAGGUUUGAUGCUGUGUCAUCUCCACCCACUGAAAAGAAAAAGGAGGGAGAGGAGAAGCUGAGUGGCCCAAGCACGGGGAAGGUGCGCUUCAGCACAUUAGCCAAACUGUCAACAUUCUCCUUUGCACCACAUCCUGAGUCCCAGUUGACGACCUCAUCUACCGUUAAGGUUGACACUAACAAGGAAAGCCAUAGCCACUUGAAGGUGCACAUGAGUAAUCCUAGCAGAAGGAAGAGUUUUGCAUUGGAAAAUGCUAGUAAAGCCAGUGUGGUCACACAGAAAUCUCUCUUCUCAAUAGCAGAACUAGAUGAUGCUACCUUAGAUUUUGAUUGGGAUGAAGAGGUUAGGAAAGAUCCAAGCACAUAACAUAUAUAUCCUCCAAAUUACUUCGUGUGCAGUUCUCCUGAAUCUCCAUCCUUCUGUCAAUUGUAUCCAUAAUUUACAAAGUUUUUAAAACCAAUCAUCCUGGACCUCUGCUGAUAACAAUGAACAUACUUUCUUUAAAUGCUGUAUACUUUACAUCAGACUGUGUAUACUGCAGGACUGAUGUGUCUUUCAGUUCCCAAGACUCCAUAUAUCAGUUGAAUCCUUUGAUUGACCUGAUGUAACCUGAAGACUUGUAUGUUCAUAUACCUGGAAUAUAGUGAAUCUUGCAGAAAAGCAGGCUUAAUUGACUGUUAUCCUUUAGUUCCUGUAGCAGUUAGAACUCUGCGUGAUUCGGGUUGUCCUUCCGAAUGACUGUCCCACUUCAGAAAAAUGAUGAUGCUAAAGCUAUGUCAUUAUAUUUUGCUUUUGUAUAUAUGUUGUUUUCUCAGUGUGGUUAGCAAUAUCAUGAUUUAUCAUCAUGCUAUGGUAAGUAUUUCUGUAUUACUGUCCUCGUGACAAUUUUGCUGUAUCUCUGGUUACUGUGCUCGUUACAGUUGUCACACUGCUGAUGUUGAAGACAUGGAUCAAGA